AUGGAUAUCCUACAGCAGGAAGUGCGGGGCAUUGCGCUGGCCAAUCUCUCCGAGGCUCAGUCGGCCCCGGUGUACAACCAAACGACGGUGCCGCUGAAUCGUAAGGACUCGCGCAACAUGGACCAGGCGGUAAUUCGUAACAACACCGGCAACGGCAAUUCGUUCACCUCGAACCACGACAUCGAGAGCCAUGCCGUCCGGCCGUUCCAGAACCUGCCGCCACGCGAACCCGUCGACAUUCAGUUCAAAGAUGUGUCGUACGUCGUGGAUCUCGGAUUUCGCAAAGGGCAAAAAGAAAUUCUCCACAAGGUGAAUGGGAAGUUCCCGGGCUCUCAGCUGAUCGCCAUCAUGGGUCCGUCGGGGGCGGGUAAAUCGACGUUACUGGACGUGCUAUCGGGCUACCGGAAGACGGGCGUCGAAGGAGCGGUGUACGUGAACGGGCGCAUUCGCAACCUCAACAGUUUCCGGCGGAUGACGUGCUACAUCACGCAGGUCGACCGGUUGCAGACGCUGCUGACGGUGCUGGAGAAUAUGCGCAUCGCGGCGGAUCUGAAGCUAGGUCCGGAAGUGACCCGUCACGAGAAGGAAUCCAUUAUUGAAGACAUCCUGACGGUACUUGGCCUGUACGAGCAUCAGUUCACCAUCACGAAGCGUCUGUCCGGAGGGCAGCGGAAAAGGUUGUCCAUUGCGCUGGAGCUCAUCAACAACCCGACGAUCAUGUUCUUGGACGAGCCAACCACUGGUUUGGAUAGUUUCUCGUGCAACCAAGUUGUGGGCCUGCUAAAACAAUUGGCCAACCAGGGACGAACGAUCAUCUGCACCAUUCAUCAGCCAUCCGCCAAGCUGUUCCAGGAGUUUGAUCAGGUGUACGUCCUCUCGAACGGCGAGUGCAUGUAUCAGGGUUGCACGAACAGUCUCGUUCCAUUCCUGCAAUCCGUCGAGAUGCCUUGUCCUGUGUACCACAACCCCGCUGAUUAUGUGAUCGAACUUGCCUGCGGGGAGUAUGGAGACGAUCGCAUCCAGCGCAUGGUGAUGGAGAUGGGAAACGGUGAAAGCACUGAAUGGUUCACCGAUAAGCGGAAAUUGCUAAAGCUCGAACAGCUACGCAAGAAGUACCCACUGAAGAAGAUCAUCGAGCAGAACGAGGAUCUUACUACGACGUCCCAGGUGCACCAGCUUCAGGUGCUUAUCAAGCGCGGCAUAAUCAAGGCUCGGCGAGACGCCACCCUUACUCAUCUGAGGAUUGGAGUGAACAUAGUCAUCGCCGCCAUGCUGGGGUUCCUGUUCAUUGACGCCGGCAACGAAGGGUCACGGGUACUCGACAACUACAAUCUGCUUUUUUCCAUCCUGAUGCAUCAUAUGAUGGCCACGAUGAUGCUAACCGUGCUGACAUUCCCCACCGAGAUGGGUGUAAUUCUGAAGGAACACUUUAAUCGGUGGUACACGUUAAAGUGUUACUACCUCUCGGUGUCGAUCAUUGAUAUUCCGCUCUCCGUAUUCUGCUGUCUGAUCUUCACCGUCAUCAUCUACCUGAUGAGCGGGCAGCCCAUGGAAUGGUUCCGCUUCGGGAUGUUCUUUACCAUCAGUCUGUUGAUUGUGUUGAUAGCCCAGAGUAUCGGACUGACCAUCGGUGCCUGGUUUAAUGUGGUGAACGGUACCUUCCUGGGACCUGUACUGACCAUCCCGAUGAUGAUGUUCGCCGGGUUCGGUGUGACGUUGCGCGAUCUUCCGAGCUACCUUAAAUGGGGCAGCCACAUCUCUUAUCUACGCUACGGCUUAGAGGGUUACGUUAACGCAAUAUACGGCGAAAACCGCGAGACGCUCGAUUGCGAGCUGAAGCCUUACUGCCAUUACAGAUAUCCGGCCAAGUUCUUGUCAGAGAUUUCGAUGGAGGGCGACCAGUUCUGGAAGGACGUGUACGCUUUAUGCGCCACGUUGUUGCUUGUCCGUGUGGCCUGCUACUUCUGCCUACGGUGGAAGGUUGUGUCCGUGCGGUAGAGAACGUCCUGUGUUUAGUCAUAGGUUAGAGUCCAACGGUAGCGUAGAAUUCCAACGCAGUUUUCCCCACGCAAGCUGAUCCAGUUAUCCAGCGCCAUGUGAUGAAUAGCAAUGUUUGAUGUGAUGUUCGUUGCCAGAGAUCGUGCCAGUGGAUGGAGGGGGAACACAACAAAACGAAACCAAAAAGGGUUUGCCAAAAGAAUUCGUUUCAAUUCAGAUUCCACAAUCUUAUCGAGGUGCAUUUUUAGCUGUAUAUAAUUCAGAACAAGAUUACUUUUCUCUUUGCUUUCGUGCUCCUAGAAGUUAAACGUUUACUGUAGCUGUGAAUGAAAUGUCCCCUUUUUCUUUAGCAGAUUUCGUCGGUUUAAGGUUUUUUUACUGAUAAAGUACCGUUGAAUUAGCGCCUAAUGUAUUGUUAGUAAUUGUUUUAGUCAAUAAAUGCAACACAAAC